AUGGUAAUUCCACGACGUCGCGGCGAGCGAGUUCUCCGAUCUCUAAAUCCCGCGUGUUCUUCUUUCUCCCCGCCCUCAGGUUUUCCACGGUAUCUGUUGUACCGAAAUCUCGGCGAGAGUCUAGUGUCGCAGCCACCGCCGAAGCAAGAUUGUCGAUCGAUUCUGGACGCCGUGUGGACCUACCUCGCCGAGUUGACGAAUCCUGCCAACUUUAUGCAUUGCGCCGAGAUUUGGGUUCAAUUCACCGCCGUUCACUUUUCCGAUAACUUUCUACCUCUGAUCGACCUGUUUCGCAAGGAGAGCGUCAAAGUGGAAGUGUGCAAGACCGUCGUCGAAGCUGUCGGCGUUCGAACCGGCCCCGUUACCGAUCCUAUCGUCGUCAACGCUCUCAUGUUCGUCGCUAGGAUAAUGCACGAUUCUGUCAGCGCUCUCACCGUCGAGGAUGAAAAGCGUCAGAUUGGCCAACUCGUCUGCGGUUUGGUUCAACGCGUCGAUCACGGUCGCGAUUUCGAGAAGCAACUCAAUUUCUACGUCGAAGCUAGGGCUGCCUUUCCCAAUCUCGACAGCGUUCACGUGCAACUCGUGCAGUGCGUCAACAGACUGUCGGUCGACGCUCGAAACAUCGUUCGUGGACAUCACACGAGAAGAACGUCGGCCUUUGUCCGUGCUUGCGCUGCGUUCUCUUUCAUUACCAUUCCGUCGCUGACUCUGGUUUACACGCGGUUGCAGUUGUACCUGCUCUCGGGCCAAGUUGCGCUCUUGAAUCAAUGCUUGGGCCAAGCCGACGCGUGUUUCAAGGCUGCCUUGAGCUUGCUUCCGGAAAUGCCCAAAACCAUGGACGUCGAUGGAAGACGGAAAAGCUCGCAACCUUACUUGCUCUCGUACUUGUCCAACUUUUUGUCGACGUUGCUCGUCGUACCGGACAGCCCGGAACACGGAGUUUUGUAUCUAACGCGAGGUUUGCUCAACGCCGUUCAACGAUGCUUCGAAGAAAAUACCUCGACCAAGACGCACUUGUAUCUGCGCGUGCUCGACUUGUUGUCGACGAUCGUUCAAGAGAGUUAUCCGUACCACGUUGAGAAGGUCGAUUCCAACGACAAGUUGUACGGAUCCGAUCGAAAAUUCGUAAGCGAGGUCGACAAGAUCAGCUCGAGAAUCGUGGAAGAAAUCUUAUCCCAUUUGAGGUAUCUCGGCUCCACCGAUCAAUCCGAGAAGCAAGCGGCGCUCGCCUUGGAACUUUUCGACUGCUUCGUCGUUAGAGCGGAUUUGCGCGAUCCGCGAUUGGCCCGCGUAGCUGUCAAUUUGUGGAACUUGUCCGUGCGACGUGGUUUCGUAGAUUCCAGAGUCAAGAUGAAAACGAUGGCUUACAUGGUGCAGAAAAGUCACCGCGAGGAGUACCGACAUUUUGCGGACGUGUUGAAAAAGAUGUCGAAAUGAAUAUACACGCGAAAACAUGCGUACGUUCCGAAACCUCUUUGCUUCGUUUCUUUUCGGGUCGUACUCGACGCCGCGUUACGGAUGCCGAGUACGACUCCGAGGAAUGACAAUGUCCAACUCUGACGCGUCGUGAUGUAUUGUCAAACUUUUUACGUAUUGCGAGUAAUUUUUACGUACAUCGAUCGUAUCGCGUAUCGCGCGACGAUCCGUGUAACGAUGUAAACUUCGUACGCGUAGUAAUCUCUUUUUAUGGAAGACUCGAUCGAUUUGGAAGCCCCGAGGAACGCGUUCCGGCAGGAACGCACGUAGGAUCGUCUCUCUCCCUCCUUAAAACCGUUGUUGCUUCAAUACGGAUCGAAGAGCGUCCAAGAAUAUAUCUGCGUGCUGUUCCGUAAACGUCAAGGCGGGUCUCAACCUUAUCGCCGCGGUUCCACAGCCACCGACUUGAAUACCUGUUUGUUCGGACAAUUACGUCUUCGUUGUAUCUCGUAUUCGCGUGUUCGCGUGUAUCGAUCGCUGACCGUUCUCGAUUCCGAGACGAGUCGCGAUCGACGGACGCCCGUUAAUCGUGGAUGAACAUCGUACCUUUGCUCAAAAGUUUCUUGAUCACGGCGUCCCGUAGUUCGGACGAGACGCAGUUGAACGCGAUGAACGUUCCACGUCCGCGCGUCGAAUUCAUGAUGGUGGAAAAUUCGUCUUGCAAACUGGUCAAUUGUUUCAACGUGUAGUCGCCGACGGUGGUGACUCUGUGCAAAAGAUUCUCCUUCCUUAUCGUCUCCAGUACCGCUUCCAGCAGUAUCACUUUACCGGGAUCUCCCAUCCAGGUGUUGAACACGCGAUAAGACUGCUUCGGCCUGUAAGAGUGAGACUUUCGUUUGACGGAAGACGGAGAACGCGAGGGACGACGCGUUCCGGGAGGGGGAGAACCUUCGUUACCUCAAGGAUUCGACGUGAUAGUAGCCACCCAAUUGCAUCUUUUUGCUAAAGGUCACCAAGUCCGGAGGAGAGUCUAGAUCGAAGUGUUCGUAACACCACAUUUUCCCCGUUGGACCGCCUCCGGUUUGCACCUCGUCGAUCAACAAUGCCGCGCCAUGCUGAAACGAUACGAUGCCGGUGAUGCCGCGUGUUUCAAAGUUCCGAGUAACGAGUAACGAGUAACGAGUAACGAGUAACUUUGAUCGUCGGAAACUCGAUUCUACCGAUCGAUAAAAUCGGUGGUACCUUUUUCGUUAUGCGCUGCAAUUCUUGAAAAAAUUCGGGAGACGCGUGAUUGUCGCCACCUUCCGCUUGAAUCGGUUCGACGAUUACACCGGCAACCGGCAUUCUCUUCUCCGUUUUGUACUUUUCCAACAACUCGUCC